GUUUUGGAAAGAGACAUAGAAGCCCGUUUGAACCUUGGCAGGAAAUUUCAUCCUCUCAUAUAAUUUGUAUCUUAUCCUGUUGAGCAAGAAAAAAAAAAAUCAUCCGUGAACAAGAUAAAAGAAGAAGUGAUCUAUUAGGAGAAAAAAAUAAACAUGAGAAAACAUCAUGCAAUAUAAUGUGCCCAAUUAUCUAUAUCACACUUUAUGAGAAGCAAAGAUAUUACUGAUUUAUGUCCACAAAAAUGGCAGCUACUUCACUCUCACUGAGUUUUGGGCUUACAUCAGCGGCGAACACUUUGAAUAGGCAUUCUGCAUUUCCUUUACACAACAUUAUCACAUGCUCAUCAUCAGAAAACACAUCCCCUAAUCAAGAAAAAAGUUUCAUGAGGAGAGCAUUUCUUUUGGGAGUAGGAGAUCUUUCAUUGAACUUAAUACCCGCUAGUUCCCUUCUGGCUCAAGGAGUACCGGAAAACUAUGAAAUCUUUGUUGACAAACAAGAUGGCUAUUCAUAUUAUUAUCCAUCAGAUUGGAGGGAAUUUGAUUUCAGAGGUCAUGACUCUGCAUUUAAGGAUAGAUAUCUACAACUGCAAAAUGUACGACUAAGCUUUAUACCAACUGAUAAAUCAGAUAUUCAUGAUUUGGGGCCAAUGGAAGAGGUUGUGCCGGAUCUGGUAAAACAUGUUUACUCUGCACCUAAUCAGGUGGCAAACAUAAUGGAAAUGAAGGAGAGAAGUACGGAUGGGAAAAACUAUUUCACCUUUGAAUAUGUAUUGACAUCUCCAAAUUUUUCUCGGGCAGCAUUUGCUACCAUAGCAAUUGGAAAUGGGAGACACUACACACUAAUUGUAGGAGCAAAUGAAAGGCGAUGGAGAAAAUUCCGUAACAAACUUAAAGUGGUGGCCGACUCAUUUCAGGUGCUGGAUAUUUAGAAUUGCGCCGCCCAACAUGUAUCUAAGGCUGGAAUCCAAAAGUCUUUUCCAUAUGUCCAUGAAACAGGAUUGUUUACAUAUCCUCUUGCAAUUAUAUAUCGAGCUAAAUUACAAAUAA